UUUUUUUUUUUUUUUGCCGUUGAUUGCCUCUGGAAUGUUCCCUUUCUUGUGGUUAUGGAAUAACAGCAUCAGAGGGCAGAGUAUGGCUCAUUUCCCAACCCCCCUGCUAUCUCCUUAAAUAUUAUAAGCUGAUCCUGGUAUGUAUCUGCUUCGUGAACAUUGAAGAUCUUUUUCUAGGUCCUCCACAGCCUGUGAACCCCCCUAGACCUUGCAAGCAUAGUGAGCGGAGAAGAAGGUCCCAGCGGUUAGCCACCUUACCCAUGCCUGACGAUUCUCUAGAAAAGCUUUCUUCUUCCUCUUCAGCCACUGAUGGGAAAGUGUUCUCCAUCAGUUCUCAGAGUCAGCCAGAGUCUUCAGGACCAGAGGUUCCUGCCGUUGCCCAUCUGGCCCUGCAGAAGCUGGGACCCUGUCUCCCUCUUGAUCUAAGUAGUGGUUCAGAAGACACAGCGCCUGGAGCCCCAGACUCCUCCUCCCUUGGUGGCCAAUGUUCCAGGGAAGAAAAGGAGGAGACACAGCUGUUUGCAAGUCCCUCCCCCAAAGCAGUGAGUGGUGGAAAAGGAGCCAUAGCAGCUGCUG